CUAUCACCAUGGGGAUGCUAGUGCCUACUGCGCUGGCUGCUCGGCUGCAGAGCCUGUUCCAGCAACAGCUGGGUUCCCUCUGGAGUGGCCUGGCCAUGCUGUUCUGCUGGCUGAGAAUAGCAUUGGGGUGGCCAGAUCCUGGAAGGGGACAGCCACGGGUCCGGGGUGAGCCCAAGGAGACUCCGGAGACCCACGAAGAUCCGGGCAGUGCUCAGCCCACAACCCCCGUUAGUGUCAACUACCACUUCACGCGUCAGUGCAACUACAAAUGUGGCUUCUGCUUCCACACGGCCAAGACAUCCUUCGUGCUGCCCCUGGAGGAGGCCAAGCGAGGACUGCUUCUGCUCAAACAGGCUGGUAUGGAGAAGAUCAACUUUUCAGGAGGAGAACCCUUCCUACAGGACAGGGGUGAAUACUUGGGCAAGCUCGUGAGGUUCUGCAAGGAGGAGCUAGCCCUGCCCUCUGUGAGCAUAGUGAGCAAUGGCAGCCUUAUCCGAGAGAGAUGGUUCAAGGACUAUGGAGACUAUUUGGACAUUCUUGCUAUCUCCUGUGACAGCUUUGAUGAGCAGGUUAAUGUUCUCAUUGGUCGUGGCCAAGGGAAAAAGAACCACCUGGAAAACCUUCAAAAGCUGCGGAAGUGGUGCAGGGAUUACAAGGUGGCUUUCAAGAUCAAUUCCGUCAUUAAUCGCUUCAACGUGGACGAAGACAUGAAUGAGCACAUCAAGGCUCUGAGCCCAGUCCGCUGGAAGGUUUUCCAGUGCCUCCUAAUUGAGGGUGAGAACUCAGGAGAAGAUGCCCUGAGGGAAGCAGAAAGAUUUCUUAUAAGCAAUGAAGAAUUUGAAGCAUUCUUACAGCGUCACAAAGAUGUGUCCUGCUUGGUGCCUGAAUCUAACCAGAAGAUGAAAGACUCCUACCUUAUCCUGGAUGAAUAUAUGCGCUUUCUGAACUGUACCGGUGGCCGGAAGGACCCUUCCAGGUCCAUCCUGGAUGUUGGCGUGGAGGAAGCGAUCAAAUUCAGUGGGUUUGAUGAAAAGAUGUUUCUGAAGCGCGGAGGAAAGUAUGUAUGGAGUAAGGCUGACCUGAAGCUAGACUGGUGAGGUGAGAUUGGACGGAGACUCUAACCAGCUACGAGGAGUCCACGUGCAGCCGCUCUUCACCACGCACAUCUGGCUGUCUACGGACCGUUGCCACUGAGAAUGCACUCUGUGUUCUUUCUUUCAGUUUGACUGAACUAAGAAAGGAGUAAAACCAUCCUGUGAGC